GAUGCGUUGAUCGACCAUUCGGCCCGGCCGGUAAGGCUGGCGAACGGCAUGGGGGGUUCCCUGUAGAGCCCUCGUAGUUUCACGUAGAUACGGCAGAGGAUGUGGCGAUCGUCUUACAGUCAGACUCGGCUUGGCUAUGCCGGGUCGGAGUCUCUCAGCUGCCGCACGCCCAGCCGCGCCGUGGAUACUCCGAUGCCGCCCGGUCAGGGGGGGAGGAUUCCUGAUUCAAAGCUGAGUUCCCAGCGGACGAUUGUUAUCGAGCCACCUGUAGAGCUGGUGGUCCGAUAUCGUGACGGACAGCACUCGCUAGCCGCCGAUGUAGGUUGUAUAAAGCUGAACCUUCGAUAGAGACCAAGACCACGUUCAUAGCAGGCCAAGCGCGCAGGUCGGCAACCAACCAAGAUAUUCCACGUGCAGUUAUCUCUCCCGCUAUCACACGUAGUACGCAUACCGGAAGCAGAAUGGCUACCAAGGACGAAUCCCCGGCCAUCCCCACGGUCAACAUCGCCCCCUUCUUCGACCCUAACGCCUCCGAAGAGGCCCGCCAGGCGGUCGUCGAUGGCGUAAGUAAUGCCUGUCACACCUACGGGUUCUUCAACCUUGUCGGUCACGGCAUCCCGCUCGAGGUCUUGCGCGAGGCAUUCGAAAUCAACAAGCGGUUCUUUGCCCUGCCCCAGGAGAAGAAGAUGGAGGUGUGGAUCAACAAGUCCGUCGGACGCUCGUUCCGGGGCUACGAGCCCCCGGGAAUCCAGACCCACCACGAGGGUCUGCUGCCGGACACCAAGGAGACGUUCAUGGUGGGCCGAGAGGUCCCGGCAGACCACCCCGACUCCGGCUCGUUCUCCACCGGGCCCAACCUCUGGCCCUCGAGCCUGCGCAAGGAGCUGUUCCAGGAUCGCAUCAUGGCCUACCAGGCUAGGAUGCUCGAGCUAGUCGGCAAGAUCCUCGCCCUCCUAGCUCGCGGCCUCCCGAAGGAGUGGAACUGCCCGACUAACGUGUUCGACUCGCUCCUCGUCGAGCCGUCCAUUCCGAUGAGGUACCUGCACUACGGCCCCGUGUCGUCUCAGGAUCCUCGCCAGUUCGGAGUGGCUGACCACACCGACUUCGGGUGCGUGUCCAUCCUCCUGCAGGAGCCCGGCACGACGGGCCUCGAGGUGUUCUACCCGCCGACCGGGACGUGGGUGCCGGUGCCCGUGGCUGAGGACGGCUUCGUCAUCAACAUGGGCGACAUGAUGCAGAAGUACACCGGCGGCUACUACCGCAGCAACCGCCACCGCGUCCUCACCAACCGCGACAAGCACCGGCACAGCGUUGCCUUCUUCCUCAACGGCAACCUCAAGCUCAACGCCAAGGCCCUCGACGGCUCUGGCACUGAGACCGUCGUCGGCGACCACAUCCGCCAGCGCCUGAUCGAUACUAUGGGCGACACCGGGAAGCUGCUCAAGCGAGAGGUCGCUGCGGCUUAAGGGUGGCCGAGGAC